UUACAUUUCAAUUUGUGAUCUGAAACGAAGGGGUAGCAUUACACUAACAAUAACAUCAUUUGCAAAAUGAAAUUCGUUUAAAAACUAAGCACAGACCUGAAUUUUGCAAACGCAAUUCUUCAAUUUGCCAAUCAUGCUUUUUGACCUCACAACGUAAUUUAUUUGAUCCAUCCAGAGUAUCGCCUUCAUUUUGAGUGACGAUCUUUUUUUGCUCUUCCAAAAAUUUCGGAGAGGCAGUUUACACUAGAUAAAAUGAAAUUUUUACAUGUGACACUAGAUAAAAUGGAAUUUUUUGACGCUAUCAUGAUUCAUGAAUUUUUUUACCCUAACUGAAAAUUUGGGCUUCAGAACAUAUGAACUCAGCCGAAAAUCGAAAAAAAAUAUUUCUUCUUUCGAUUUUAAUACAGUAUAUUCCCAAGCGCGACUCCACACUUAUCUUCUAAAUGUGACACCUAGCUAAGUGUGAGCAUUCAUCGUACCAAAAAGCGACAAAGAGAAUGAACACAAGUGCGUGUGCAUUAGUCGCUACAUUCAUAAGCAUCACAUCAGUCUACACAAUAACACACGCGCACUUGUGUUCAUUCUCUUUGUCGCUUAUUACGAUGAAUGCUCACACUUAGCUAGGUGUCACAUUUAGAAGUUAAGUGUGGAGUCACGCUUGAUUUGUGUGGCCAGUUCGUUGGUGUUAUCACCACAUGAAAUACGAAUUUCUAAUCAAAUUAUCAACAACCAACCAUGACUCAUUGAAGAAGUAGAUUGUGUAUGGUAUUUUCAAAGGUGUCAUCAAACGGAUUUUUAGAUAAACUGCUUUGUUAACACAGAAAUCAUGCACACGAUUGCUCUGACAAUCAUGAAAUUUGCAUACAUUCAGGCGGUUCGAAUGAUUUGUCGCAACGGUUCAUUUGUAAUGACCGAAUUAAAAUGAAUGAAAAUGUCAAAACAUUUGUUAUCAAAAAAUCUACGGAACUUGAUAAAACAAUUCAAUAAUAGCCAAAAACACUUAUCAAAAAGAUAACGAUUUAUUAUCAUUUGAUAUUGACUAACUCUAUCCGUCUCAGUUUUCGAUUGACUGUCGGCUGAAGAACAGUUCUUCAAUCUCAGAUUUUGAGCAUUUCGUUAAGAAACGAGAUUCAAAAAAUCGGGCAGACGCAAUAACUGUUGUGUUGUGUUGUAUGUACAAUUGUACAUUUUAAUUAGUUUUUAUGAUAUAUGUAUUUAAGUAUCAAAAUUAGUUCUUUUAAUUGAAUUAUAAUUUUACCAAAAUAUAUUGAGAUAUCACCGCUAAUGACUAACUGUCACUGAUUCUGCUGUACGAUUCAUACAAAAUACGAUUUUUCAAUCAAUUAAAAUCGGGAGAGAAAUCCAUGCAAUCAAAUCUUAGAUUCAACUAAAACAAACCUGAUUCCAAAGUUAUAACGUCGGCAUAUAAGCCUAUAAUAUUUGACCAUACUCAUGUACGUGUAUCGUAUUACCAACGGAGAAAUCGAUAGCAAAUUGUUGUUAAUGUUCAGAUAACCUCGGGAUUUGUCGUGCAUGAAAAGUUUCUCAAUGUUUUUUUUUUUUCACAAAUGGAUUAAUGUGUUUAUUAAUACCAAAUUUAUAAAAACUGCUGAGAAUAUUCGUUGGAAGUGUUAGUAAAUUAUUGACACUCAAAAGUUAGCUCGAAAUGGAAAAUGCAAAUGAACGUGAGCAAGCAGCCGAUGGCUAUAAACGUUAUGGCCAAUUAUUGGGUGCUAUCGGAGUUAUAUUCAACACAAUUGGUAUAGUUUUUUUCCUAGCAUAUGGUGCCAACACCCUGAGUGUUUUAUUUAAUGUCAUUUUUUGGAUGUUCGUCAUAACUUUGAUCAUGUGUAUUUUAUGGCAAAUUGGAAUUAUUUAUGAAAGAUCUCUGUUGCUAGUGCCGGCUCUGAUUUGUUGGAUUAUCCAAUUUUUCUACUGCCUAUGUUGGACAUUUGUCUGGUUUCUAAUCAAAUUGUUCUCUAGUAGCAGCAUUGUUGGAGGGAUUUUAACGAUUGUAUUCACACCUAUUGGGGGCUUUUGUGCAAUAGUGAUCAGUAUUGUUUACUUUUACUUUGCCAUGAUGGUAUUCUUGGAAAUGAUUGGCGUGACUAAGAAGAGUUCAGCAGUUGUGUCUUAUGCACCAGCGUCGAUCGAUGCAGAUAUUUGUUAAGAACCAGAAAAUGUAGUCAAUAGAUCGAAAAAUAAAAUAUGUUCAAAUUUCUGUGGAUAUUACAUUGACACAAUAACUCAAA